GACAGAUUGGAGCUGGUUAUCAUUUUGGCGCUAGCGCACAGGCUGGAUUAGCAAGGCUUAUUGUUCGGUUUUGGUGCUGCCGGUUUCACCAGAAUUUACCAGAAACCAAGUACCAGAACCUGAAGCUGAGGUUUUAAAGCUGAAGGACAGUACUGUUUCCUUAAAAGCCUCAAAGUCAGUUGGAGACGAAGCCUGAAUUUUGUAUUCCUUCACACUACCGGACACGAUCCAGCUCGAGUGAACAGCUCAUGGCUGUUCCAAAAGGCCGAUUCUGCCACCUCAGUGUUUGAAGAGUCAUUGGGUGCCGUAAAAGUAGCCCAAUUGCCUGCUUUAUCUUUAAGGACAGUAUAGAUCAAGAGGUGGAAAUUCAUUGGUCUGGUCUGAACCAUUUGAGAAAGUUUGGAAACAGAAACGUAUCGCAUCGACACGCAAUGCCACGCUCCAAAGAAAUUUCCGAAGACAUCCGCAGAAAAGUGGUUGAGGCUCAUGAGUCUGGAAAAGGCUACAAACUGAUUUCCAAAGCGAUAGGACUCCCCAAGACAACCAUCAGAGCCAUACUGCGGAAAUGGAAAAGGUUCGGGACGGUCGUGACCUUACCCAGGAGCGGCCGGCCUUCCAAAAUCUCUCCCAGAGCAAGGCGGGAAAUAAUCCGUGAGGUCAUGAAGAACCCCUGCACGACUUCAAAGGACCUUCAGGCCACGCUCGCCUCCUCGAACAUCUGUGUCCACCAGUCCACCAUCAGGAGGAUACUGGGAAUACAUGGAAGGCCAACUCUGAGUUCCUUUGAAGGUAGCAUGGCGCUGCAAGCUUCCAGUCAGGAGGAGGAAGGCGCGCUCGAUGCUUCAGUUGGAUUGAGUCAGGAUGUAAAGAACGAAGACAAGCGACAGGUGUUAAAAAACUCAAACACUAAUUCUGAUAACACUAGCAAGGAUAACGCUAAAUGCCCUGAGAAGAAUAAGGAAGUUUCUGGACAUGACAAGAAUUGUGGUGAUGGGGAGAAAACGUUGACAAACAAUAACGGAGAUGACAAGAACGAGAACCGUGAUGAAGAGACGCCAUCGACGGCUGUUAACGGUGCUGGUGGUGCGGACGUGCAAACGGCUUCAGCCAACCAUAAUGGUGCCGAGGCAGCAUCAUCAAACCCUAAUAGUGGCGCUGGAGCUGGUGAGGAGAGGAAGCGUGAUGUCGAGACGGCGGUUGUCGAUAACGAUCAAAGUGGUGGUGGUGGUGGUGAUGAUGAUGAUGAUGGGAAUCGACGUGGCGCUGGUUACGCCACUGGCCAUGACGUCAACAGUGCCUACAGUACUAACAAUAACGGUGGGAACUGGAGCGAGGAAAUGGAUUACAUUAGUACAUUAACAUUUUCUUGAACGAGCACCUCGGCUAGCUGGCAGGCCUCAUUCGAAGUGCAUGUAACCUUCAUGGUGAGGAGAACCACCAACAAUUAGAAAUGCCCAAGAGACAGGAGGCGAGGGGUCACCUACAGUAGGGUCCAAAAUCAAAACUUGUUUAUUAUUAUUAUUAUUGUUAUAGAAUACAUUGUGUAAAACUGAGUCAUCCGUUUUUAGUUCAUUUUGCAUUUUCUUUUUAAUUUUUUUUUUUUUGUACACAUGAAUGAUAGUCUUGUUUCACAAUUAUAUGACGUUGUUAAUUAUCUUUUUUUUUUUUUUAAACACAAGUUGCUGGAAGCAGACUCAGAUUUUUGGACCCUACUGUAUUCCAUCCCGGCAUUUCAGACAAUCCUGGGAUGAAAGUAAAUAUCUAAUAUGAUUUUAUUGAUGUUACCUGAGUUUAUUCAUACUGACACUAUUAUUGUUAUUAUUAUGACAAACAAAAAAUUUGUGCGCUAUACCAUGCACUAAGGCCUGUUCUUUGUGUUUGGCUAAUCCAGUUAGCCAGCUAAUUUUGAACCAGCCUUGGCCUGACUAAGUUAAGGGGAGAAAAAUUCAUAAGUAAACACAGCCAGUUCGUUUGCAAGGCGUGGCUUAGUAACGCAAAACAAUGCUGAAUGGAUUUAGCCGUUAUUCCUUCAAGAGUAAAAACCUUCGUUCAUUAGAAGCCACUUCUUUAUUCUCAGACCAACAAGUCGAGAAUCUCCUGGCUGGUCCUUAAAACCCCCAAUGAAGAAAAAAAAAAAAAGUUUGAACAAGUCACUAAGAGAGAUGACUUGCUAGCUGAAUAGUUAACUCCUGACAAACCUCAAACGCCACACUGAGAUGUUUUGUGUUUGGAUCUUCGUCUGUCUCACUGAAAAGGACCAAAAAAAAAAAACAAAAAAACAACAAAUGUCUUGUCAGGUUUGCGAGUGAUUGUUAUAUUUUUUUUGCUUUGUGCUUAUGCUCAUGUAGCCUUUCAGUGUUUUUCUUCGUUUGUAGCUAUUAUUAUUUGUUAUAAAUGCAUGUUUAUCCUUGAGACAAGGACAUCACGAUUCACGGAGAUGAAGCAGCCACCUUCUUCUUUUCUCAUUUUAGAGAUUGAUUAUUUCCUCUUUUAGUUCAUCAAAAGGUGAAACGUUCUCAUCGAUCAAUUAAACGAUUAAAAAAAGUAUUAAAGUAUACUUGUUUAUGUU